AUGACUUUGAGUUUCAAAUACAUAGACUUAGACUCGUGUGAACGCCUGUUCUGUUGUUUCCGCAGUUCCGAUGUCGACGACAACGACAACUCACAAAUCCGUUAUGAAUCCUACUCGGAACGUGGUGGCGGUGGGAAACCCGUAGACCUAGAAUCUCGUAGACGAUUACAAGUAGAAGCCAUCGAACGCCGAUUAGCUGAAAGUGAAUCACGUGGGAUUGGAGAUCUUGAAAAGGUUAGAAGAAAACAAGAACGUAUGGAAGAGUUAGAAAAGAAACAGUAUGGUGAUACAUCGGAUAAUACAUUACGAUGGAAUGUCAGUUAAUUGGACUGUAUAAAAAUAUAUUGUUCACUUCGUUUCUUUCUUAAUUCUUAACCUGAUGAGAAAUUAUUGAAAAGAAUAUUCUUCGUUCAUAUGACAGUAUUAUUGUUUGAAUCAUUCAAAAUAUUCGUAUUUACUUAGCUGAUGAUCAGGAAUUAACACUUGCAGUUGGAAGCUAACGAUGGAUUGUUUGAAUCACGAAUUAACGUUCGUUAAACAACUAAGGAACACUAAAUAAAUAUUUCGUUCAGUAGACAGAAGCCACACACUCUCGUUGAUCGACCAUAUGACUUUCUGGUUUCGAAAAUGAAGUCCAAGAUGGUUAAUCAAAUCCAUGAUUCAUCCACCUAGCCCGUCAUCUCAAGAUCGAUCAAGAAACCCAGCCUCGUCCAUUGCAAAACAUCUAAUGAUGAGUGGUCAUCAAAUUGACCCAAAAUCAGCCUUUAGAGUUGUGACAUGUCAUCAAAACCCACACACACUCAAACUACUCGAAGCUAUCUUGAUUGGUCGGAAAAGUCCAACUUUAUGUGUUCAAAAACAACUGUACGUUGACCUUUGUUUACCAUGGUUCUAGUAAGUGAAUGUCAUGCUAAAUAAGAAAUUUUGACCUUAUCUUCAAAACUGUAUUUACACGAAUAACAUGUUGCUUGUAUGUGACUGACGAGAAAGCACGAAAUGGUACUAUCUCAUAAAAUUUGUCUUCUCAUUUCUCUGUUCUAAAUAUUAAAUAAAAAUGUUUGAAUAUA